CCAUGACCCAGCGCCCCGGAGCAGAGGAGCCGCCGGGCCGCCCGGCCUGUCCGGAGCACGGCCUGGACGUGUGCUGGUUCUGCUGCAGCGAGCGGCGGCCGGUGUGCGCCCAGUGCCCGGGCCAGGGCGGCUGCCGAGGCCACCGAGUGCGCCCGCUCGCCGAGGAAGCGGCCGAGCGGCUUCACAACCAAAUCGUGGACCACUGUGAAAGGGUUCAACUGCAGAGUGCUUCCAUCGCCAGAUUUGUGGCAGAGGUCCUGCCAGAAAAGAAACAGCACGUUGUGAGCACGGCCAGCAAAGCUCGAGAGGGCCUCAUCCGGCGCCUGAACUUCAUCAGGCAGGUAUGCGACAGCGAGGAGCAGCGGCUGCUGGAAGCGGCCCAGACCGAGGAGGAGCGGGCCCAGCAAAGCAUCCUGACCCAGGAGGUCCACUGGAGGGAGUCGCUGCAGAAACUGGAUGCCCUCCGGUCCUAUCUGGUGGCCGUGAUCACGGCCACCAACGACUGCAGCCUCGUGCAAGCGGAGGAGAUCUCCCUGAGGUGAGGACUGGAACAGGUGGCUCCUCGGUUUCAGCGGCUGUCAAGUUCCCUUCAACCUGGCUGCCCUCUGCAGAGGCUUCAGGUCCUCCUCAACAAACCUGAGGCUAAGACGCUCUUCCCCAAAAACCGGCGCAGGCAGCCUGCACCCUAGCUCUGGCUGGGAGCAGUUGAUCUCAGUCCUCCACAAAGCUCCCUUUUAAAAGCAACCAAAUUUGUCACCUCCCGGGGGUGAAUAACGUAUCUCCUCCUAUGCCCACCAUAAUGCCGCACGUGCUUUACGCCUGAGCUUAAAAAAGGGUCCCUGUGUGUGCACACACAUGCGU